AUGGCAAAUACAAAUAGAGUAUCGAACGACCAGCUCGAAGAACUCUUAGAGUUCCUUAGCGAGCAUCCUACUUUGGCCAAGGGAGUUGGGCUUGGAGCAAGAUCCAAGGAAGCUGUCGACAAGCAAUGGGACAGUCUUGCUACAAAGCUCAAUUCCUAUGGUUCUGGGUCGUCGAAAUCUGGACAACGAUGGAAAAAGAGUGCUGUGGUAAAACAGUUACUGCCUAUACUAGUGAUUUCUUCAAUAAAUUACCCAGCGCAGCGAAUAGACAUGUUAGGGGCGCAAACCAUGCGAUCCGUAGGUGGGCAAGCAAUGCCACCAGUUCUAAAAGAAGAGGGUACAGAUUCACCAGGCAUGACUCUAGCAGCCAUAGGAGUAUCAAAUAAAUUGCCAGAUUUCUGGGUGGACAUGCCGCGGCUUUGGUUCGCGCAGUUUGAAGCCGUAAUGGCCCCUCAGAAACAAGGGGAAGAAGCGAAAUUCAACAUGGUCAUCGCUAAACUGGGAAGAGACUCAAUCCAGCAAGUGAGCGACUUACUUACCUCGCCACCUGCUGAAAACAAGUAUACGGCGCUGAAAGAAAGGCUCCUACAGGUGUACGAAGAGAGUGCCGAGCGCCAGUUCCAAAAGCUCGUUUCUGAAUUAGAGCUGGGUGCUCAGAAACCUACGCACUUAUUACGCCGCAUGAAAGAGUUAGGCCGCCCAGCACAGGUCUCAGAUCAGACCUUGAAGAGCCUCUGGUUAUCCCGUAUGCCAUCUUCAGUCAGGGCAGUCAUUGCAGUGUGCCAAGACCAAUCCCUAGAUAGUUUGGCUGCCAUUGCGGACAAGAUCGUUGAGAACAGUAGAUCCUACGAAAUGGCCACGGUGGAUAACAGCAUAGCCCAGGUGUCACCAGAACCACUGGCAGGGCUGGUCAACCAAAUGAAUAAACUUGCUUUGGAGGUAGCAUCAUUGCGCAGCGAGGUCCAGAGCAGCAGGCGACUUAGGAGCAGAAACAGACCGAAAUACAGGAGCAGAUCCCGUUCCCUUAAGCGCAGAGCACCAGAAGACCCCGGAUGGCUGUGCAGGUUCCAUUACAGGUUCAAGAGCAAGGCGACGCGCUGUGAGCAACCGUGCAACUGGAAGGGCAGUGAUCGCUUCCGGAGCUGGGGAGUAUCUGGAAGGGCUAGG